AUGGAUGUAUUUAUGAUGAUUCGUCGACAAAAAUUAACACUUUUUAUUGAUACUAAAGAAACUUCAACAGUUCUGGAAUUAAAAAAAAUGAUUGAAGGUAUUACAAAAGUACCUCCAAAUAAUAUACGUUUAAUAGUUGAUUCAACUAAACAAGCAAUGGAUGAUGAUAAUCAGACACUUGUUGAUUGUGGAUUAACAAGUGCUGUAGCUAAAUCAUAUUCUCCUAUACUUCUAUAUUUAUGUUAUCGAAAAAAUACAGAUCGAAAUGAAAAUGAUUGGGAACCAAUUGAUGUUGCUGAAUUGAGUACUCCUCCACCAUUAUCCGAUGUCUUUAAAACAGAUGAUGACAAAAAAGACAAUAUUCAAAUUGCUUCAUAG